AAGAUUUCUUGUCUCUUUCGUAAAGAACGGUUCGAAACAUAAGAAGUCAGGUAUAGCGGUACAUAAUUGUCAAGAUAACGUUAGAUAAAAUUAUGGAUUUACUAGGGUCUAUUUUGAAUUCGAUGGAUAAACCUCCCACAGUGAGUGAUAAACAAAAGGCAUUGAUGAAAAAACAGAAAGAGGAAUAUCAGAAGCAGCAACGAGCAGAAGCCGAAAGAUUGAAAGUUUUCAGAGAGAAGGUAGAAACAAAAGUGAACACAUUUCUUCAAGACGACAGUACAAAGGAGUACAAGUUCCACCCUAUGGAUCAAAUUCAUAGAAGCAUAAUACACGAUGUUGCAGAAGUGGCAAAUGUUUGGGCAUAUUCGUUCGGCGAAGAGGGUAUCGAUCGACAUAUCAUGAUUUUUAAGAGAGAACACACUCCAUCGGAAGAUCAAUUGAACGCAUUGCGUAGAGGAGAAGAAUGGAACGAAGAAAUAGCUAGACGGGUCGCGGAAGAAAAAGAAAGGCGGGCCAAAGAAGAAGUAGAAACUGCAAAGGCCAAAAAACGAAAAGACAACUUUGUACCGAACAGUUAUUAUAAGGAUAAGUAUCAACAUUUAAUAGGAAAAGAAGCUGCUCUAGAAGCAGCUAAGAAAACAGAAGCCAAUAGCAAUUAUGGGUUCGUUCCAAGCGAAAACAAGAAAGAUCAACGAAGCAUAGAACAGACACUGGCGGAUAUACGUGCGAAGAGAAGAAAAUUAGAAGAAAACGGAAACGCAGUAGCGUCGAAUUUAGAAAGUAGAGAUAAAACGGUAAAAUAG